AUGUGGACGAUCGUGCACCCGUUAUACCUGCCCGCGACUGACCACUUUAUUCUCGAUGAUAGGAAUGAUGAUACCGACGACAAAUCACAGAGCCAGGAGAAACGCGAAGAGUCCGUACCGAUACCUGGCAAAGAUGCUUUUGGUUAUCAGAACAACAACGCUAUGGCAGCCGACGGCAUGCCUGUGACGACGCUUACAGAGGCCCAAGCUGCUCAGCAAGCCUCCCAAAACUCAACGUACGCCCAGUUCAUGAAGCCUAAAUUUGCCCGCGCGCCGAUAAAGGAAGCUGGAAGGGUUGCAUAUUUGGGCGAGUCAUCGAAUCUUUCGUUGCUGGUUCAGGACCGCCAUGGGACGACCGACGUUGUACAUUAUCCGUUGCCUCCGAACAUCCGAGGAUCGCGAGCGAGAAUAUCCGACUUGGAUAACCUUGAGUUGGAGAUCCUCCACCAACGCGGUGCCUUUUUACUUCCACCAAAGCCAUUGUGUGACGAGUUGGUGGAUGCCUACUUUAGAUGGGUUGCACCAGUCGUUCCCAUUGUCAACCGCAGCCGUUUCAUGCGCCAAUACCGAGAUCCUAAAAAUCCUCCCUCUCUACUACUCCUACAAGCCAUUCUUCUAGCCGGUUCGAGGGUCUGUACUAACCCGCAGCUCAUGGAUGCCAAUGGCUCGACGACCCCAGCUGCCAUGACAUUCUACAAACGAGCAAAAGCUCUAUAUGACGCGAAUUACGAAGACGAUAGGGUCACUAUCGUUCAGGCUUUGGUGCUUCUAGGCUGGUACUGGGAGGGCCCGGAAGAUGUUACCAAAAACGUGUUCUACUGGACAAGGGUGGCUAUUAUCGUUGCGCAGGGCUCUGGCAUGCAUCGCAGCGUGGAAUCCUCGCAACUCAGCAAGCCUGACAAGCGUUUGUGGAAGCGGAUCUGGUGGACUCUCUUCACUCGAGAUAGAUCUGUCGCUGUUGCUCUGGGGCGGCCAAUAUGCAUCAACACCGAUGACGCGGAUGUUGAGAUGCUUACAGAAGAGGAUUUCGUUGAAGACGAGAUCGACAUCGCUGCCGAGUACCCGCCGGAUCCCGUCCAUGUACAAUUUUUCCUGCAGUACGUGAAGCUCUGCGAAAUCAUGGGCUUGGUUCUUUCGCAGCAGUACUCGGUGGCUUCCAAAUCGAGGCGGAUGAAUGCUAUGGAUCUCACCCACUCGGAUAUGGCGCUUGCGGACUGGCUUCAGAACUGCCCGAAGGAGGUCUGCUGGCAGAGACAACGGCAUCACUUUUGGGCAGCUCUUCUUCACGCCAACUAUUACACCACGCUUUGCUUGUUACAUCGAGCUCACAUGCCACCGGCAUCAUCGGUACCCAGCAGUUACCGAGUUGAGGAGAUGGCAUAUCCAUCACGCACCAUCGCCUUCCAGGCUGCUGGAAUAAUCACCUCGAUUGUCGAGAAUCUGCAAACUCACCACGAGAUUCGAUAUACACCGGCAUUCAUUGUUUACAGUCUUUUCUCGGCUCUGAUCAUGCACGUUUACCAGAUGCGGUCAUCAGUGCCUACAGUAGUCGCUACUUGCCAGGAAAGGAUCAACAUUUGCAUGCAGGCGCUCAAAGAUGUUUCCAAAGUUUGGCUCGUGGCGAAGAUGGUGCACACCCUGUUCGAAUCCAUCUUAGGCAACAAGUUACUGGAAGAACGUCUUCAGAAAGCUGCAGGAAAGAGGCACCAGCGGACCAAGCCGGAUUCUAACCCAUCAACUCAGCACUUGUCUGCAAGAAGACCAGAUCCUCCCCCGAAGCGCAAGUUCGACGAUAUGGAGUUUGCUCUGCCUAACGGAGGCCCUACGCCGCCAGUUUCAUACGAGCGAUCUCGUCCCCAGACACCUGCAGCUACCCCUUCUAGGGAGCUGCCACAGUCUACCCUGCCCCUACCCCAAGGAUCGCCCACUGUUCCAAAAGAUAAUCUCCCUGUGGCUGGGAACUCACGCGCAACUACGCGCCCAACGACUCCCUUCAACAACCAAUUCUCGCUACCUGCAACACCACCUGAUUUGUUCCUCGUUACGCGCACCUCGCCUAAUCUUUCGCCUUCCCUAUGGGAGAACUUCCAGCCAGACCAGCUAUUCCCUGAUGGCACCGCAAUUUUCCCCGAACUUACCUCUCCGCAAAAUGCGGCGGUAGAUCCACAGUUGCAGAUGCAGUCACAACUCCAAGCUCAUAAUAUGGAUCAGCGGUCUAUGAUGCACCAGCAGAUGCAACCCCGAACUUCUCUGCCUGGCACGCAAGGGAGCCCUGAGCUCCUAUCUAGUAUGCCUGCAAUUGGCUUGCAGGGCCAACCUCAACAUAUGUACGGAAUGGAUCCUCAGCAGCCAUGGCAAAUGCCAGGUCUCGACCCUGCAGUUGCUGGCACGGGAAUGGAUCACGCAAGUCAAGACGACAAUUGGAGCAGCAGCUCUCGCAGUGGCCCGACCGCACCUACGACCCUGAACGUGGAAGACUGGUUCCAAUUCUUCGGUAUCAACGGUAGCUUCGGCGAAAUGGCGGUUUAA